AUGACUGAAUAUCACUUACUUAACCAGCCAUGGAAAGUCUUUACUGAGACAGCAGAUAACCUUUUAGCGAGUGGAGUAACGCUUGACGAACUCUUAGCGAUCAUUCCUUCUGUUGAGGAGUUUUGGGGAUGUUUUGAAGCGAUGGGGGACUUCUCCGAGAUGAAGACGGGGACUGAGUUAUAUUUCCUUAAAGGGGACAAUCGCGUCGCAGAUAACUAUCGGAAGGUCGUUCUCUACUUCCCAACAACAAAUAAAGACGCCUUCAACGCCUCGUGGCUCCGAGUUUUGUUAGUCUGUAUGGGAGAGUCCGUCGUGUACACCGAACAAAUCCGGGGCGUCUUAUUUUCGUGUCGUCAAUACUUUAAAGUGACCGUCUUCUUAUCACGAAGUUGUGAUGAUGUAGUCCCCAAAGCGGUCGCACUGUUUAUGAAAGAGUUAAUUUCGGCAUAUCCGGAAGUCAAAAUCUGUUAUUCAAAGCCACAAGGAGGGUUUAUCACUUUAACUGAUUGA